CACCUUUCUUACAUCGGGGCUUCCCAAUGCCUCAUCCUGAUCUUUUCAUGUUCUCUUGUCCUUCCAUCUUCUUCCGUUCCUCUGUGUGUGUGUGUGUGAAAACUAAGAUAAUAGAGGUGUUUUUCGUUUGAGGCGUGAAUGUGUAGUGUGACUGGUGUGAAUGGUGUGUUCGGCUCGUCGUGGAUUCGGUGAUUCGAUAGCGUGUGUUUGUUUACACUUGUCAUGCUGGACGGCCUGCUGGCGAGCGGCGCGCGUUUAGGGUGGCACUGGCAUCACCACAUAGCACCGUGUUGUGCUUCGUGAUCACCUUGCUGCCUUGGGUGUGUCUACCUUUGACCUGCCCACCCUGCUGGCGGCAGCAGGCGUCUACUUCUCACACCAAGCUGCGGUUAUCCGCCUCACCUGCGUCUUCCUGAAGAAGUGUGGACAACUACCCCGCCUGUGAUCACCUCACAGACCGGCUGCUUAGUAGGAUAGAAGUUGGUAAGCAAGUUGGAGUCAUAUAACUUGUGUGGUGGGCGGCCCAAGGCAAAUACUGUCCUCGCUGUCACUCCCGCUGUGCCAUUCCCUUGUAUGUGUCAGCACCGGCACCACUGCAUUGACUGCACCGCUACACACAGUGACACCAACAGCUGGCCUGCUGGCUCACCCUCAUGCUGUGCAACAGAAAAAAAUUUCUUUUGUUGACAGGAUGAUGCAUUCAUCACCAACACUCCAUGAAGGCCUUGUUGCAUAGGGCUGUAUAUCACAUCUGUGGGAGGACUUCACUUCAAGAAAUAUACACCUAGAUAUGAACUUGUCAGUUCGUUCCCUGUGGCACACAUGGACCAGCUUGAGAUGUGAGAAAAAAGGCUUUGGCAACCUCAGUUCUGUGGUGAAGUUAAAAACAUUUCUUGCAAAGUCAUCGGGAUCUCAGAGCCGUACUGCUUUCAGCUGGACUUUAGGCAUAAGUAAAUCCUUUAGUUUAUGUUCCACGGUCCAGAGCUACACUUCUCUUGGAAAACCAAAUAUGGAGACCACCAUCUUGCUUCCCCCUCAGACUGUCAGUGGUAUGAUGGAACUUGAUCGAGGAGCUUUUCAGAAGGAAAUUUCAGUGCCCAAUGUGACAGUCAAAAGCAAUGUAAUCAGCAAUGUGAUGAAAUGCUUGAAAAAAUAUUUGUUGAAAUUAGAAAAAUCAAAGCCUGUCAGAACUGCUGCUGAUGAUGCAGAUAAGAAAGAAAUACUUCUAAAUCCUAUUUUAGUGAAGAGUUUUGAAGUUAUCAAGAAAGAGUUAGGAGAAGUCAUUGGUAAAGAUGAUACCACAUUUGGCUACACACAGAUUACUCUGGGAUAUGAGAACUGGAAAGCAGAAGACAUCUUAAAAGCUGUCCUUCCUGCCAAUCAGGAGGGUGCUCAGAGCUUCUCCAUAGUUGGCCACAUUCUUCACCUCAACCUGCGUGAACACCUGCUGCCAUACAAGACUCUCAUUGGCGAGGUGUACUUAGACAAAGUACCAAAUAUCUCCAUGGUUGUAAAUAAAGUCAAUACUAUUGAUUCUACAUACAGGAAUUUUCAAAUGGAGAUUCUUGGGGGUACUGGGGACACUCUGGUCACUGUGAAGGAGAAUGGCUGUUCCUUCACGAUGGACUUUGCCCGGGUGUAUUGGAACCCUCGGCUGUCAACGGAACACAGCAGGGUGGUGGGGAAGCUGCAGCAUGGAGAUGUCCUGUAUGAUGUGAUGGCUGGGGUGGGGCCAUUUGCUGUUCCUGCUGGUAGAAAGAAGUGCUAUGUCUUGGCUAAUGACCUAAACCCAGAUUCCUUUGAUGCCUUGGUGAAAAACUGCACUAAGAACAAGGUUGUGGAAAGAGUGAAAUGCUUCAACAUGGAUGGACACGACUUCAUUCAGACAACACUGAAAGCUGAUCUGAUACAACGAUGGAAAGACCCGUACUUUGUGGGUGGUGUGCAUAUAACUAUGAACCUUCCAGCUUUGGCAGUGACUUUCUUGUCAAGCUUUCAAGGCCUCAUGAGUGGUGUUCAGGAAGUGUCGCAGGAUGUGGAACUGCCUGUGGUUCAUGUUUACAUGUUUACUAAAGAGACAGCUGAUGAUGUUGCCAUUGGACAAGUGGCUGAGAAUUUGGGUUAUCUCUCCAAGCCUAGUGAAGCAGCAGGAGGUGGUGAGGUGUUACAGGAUGAUGCUCUUCAUAGUGAUACUUUACAAAGCUGUGAAAAGUCCAAAAAAUCUCACAGAAGUUAUGAAAGUCUAAAGAGACAUGUUCAGGAGGUGAUUCAUGUAAGACAGGUGGCUCCAAAUAAGGCAAUGAUGCGAGUCAGCUUUCAGUUGCCUUUAGAAGUGUUGCUGGAAGGUUCUCAUGAAGAACCUUUGUGUAAAAAGUUAAAGUUAUCCUGAUGCUCCUCUAAGAUGUUAAUUUUAUAAAAAAAAUUAAGUGAGGCUGUGUAGUCAAAAAUUUCUUUUAUAAAUUUCAUUAUAUUAAUCUGUAACACUUAGCAUUUCAUUUACACUUGUAUUUAUGUAUAUAUAUAUAUAUAUAUAUAUGGUA